AUGGCAGAAUUUGUGAAUCAAAAUCAAUCGCUCAAUUUCUCUUCAUCUUCGAUGAGCAAUUCCGCGAUUGAGGAUGGAUCGAGCCCCUAUUUUCUACAUCAUUCUGAUAGCCCAGGCUUAGUUCUCGUCUCACAGCCUUUGAUAGGAGAGAAUUAUGCUUCCUGGAGCCGUGCGAUGACCAUUGCUUUAUCUGUGAAAAACAAGAUCGAUUUUAUCAAUGGAUCAAUUUCAAAACCUGAAGCCAAUGAUGAUUUGCUAAAUGCCUGGAUCCGAAACAAUAACAUGGUGAUUUCGUGGAUUCUCAACUCAGUUUCUAAAGAGAUUUCAGCUAGUAUUAUCUAUGCUGAAUCUGUGCAAGAGAUCUGGGAUGAUCUCAAGGAAAGAUACCAGCAAAAGAAUGCCCCUCGCAUAUUCCAGUUAAGGCAGGAACUGAUGAAUCAUAUCCAAGGUCAAUCUUCUGUAAGUGUGUAUUUCACAAAAUUGAAAACUAUUUGGGAGGAGCUUAGUAAUCACAGACCACUAUGCACCUGUGGGAAGUGCAAUUGUGGAGGAACAAAGAAGCUGGCAGAUUACUAUCAUAUGGAAUACGUUAUGUGCUUCUUGAUGGGGCUGAAUGAUUCUUUUGCUCAAGUGCGUGGCCGGCUACUGAUGAUGGAUCCUAUUCCAUCCAUAAAUAAAGCUUUUGCCCUUAUAUCCCAAGAGGAACAUCAAAGAAGUAUUAAUGCAAAUAUUAAUACCACUGGUAAUGUCAAUUCAAUGGCAUUCUAUGUCAAGAAUGACGCCAAGAAACCUGGUGUGAACCAAACUCACAGUAGCAAGCAUUAA